UUAGUUUUGUUGCCCACUUUAUCGUCAUUCUUUCCUACGGAAUUUCGGCUGGCUAACUUCCCAGGAGGAGGAAAGUUUUAUCUGGAAAGACUAUUGUAUACUGAAAUUGGCAGUGGAUUUUCAGUUCCCCAAAAUGUUAGUCUGCCGGGAUUGGGGAGAAUCUGUCCUUCCUGAACCCGUAAUUUGCCAACUUAAUCACAUAAAUUAAACUGAAAAACAAACUCGGAUCAGUUCUGUGAAAUAUUGUUUGCCGAAGCCAAGAAAGUGUUACUUAACAUUGUUUCAGUAAACAAAAAGAAAAAAAACUAAUUUGUUUCCACUUUCAACACACUAUUAAAUUUAUAUAGCGAUUCACAAAACUAGUCUCGUCAAACGACCUCUUCAAUUGAUCGCCACAGUAUUCAAAGUAACAGACACUCUAGGUAGUAAUGCAUGAAAAAUGACCCCUAGUAGUAGUGAGGCUAUUGGGCUACAACAGUCCUUGGGGUGCGGACGUAGUUCCAUUCACUUUUUUUUCACCCUAAAUGACCCGAUCCUUUGCCAAGGGAUUAGUAAAACCACGGCUUUCUUUAUGGGGAGAAAUGCCUUUUACAAAAGUGUGUGUAACCGCACCUUAUGAGCUGUUUAUUGAUUUUUGUUUAUUAUCAUUUAUCCCACACAAACAACGUAGAAAGUUUAAAAGAAGAUGAGGCAAGGGAGCCCAAGAAAGCCAAGAGAGCCAAGAAUAAGCCUUGUGAACAGGACUCCUUAAGUCGAACUUAAUGUCCACCCAAAUCGUAAUUUAGGUCGUCUCAUGAUGAAUUCGACGUCUUGCCCCCUCCUUAAGAGAACGAUUAUACUACCUGAUUGGUACUUAAUUUCGCGUUUUUGGCGAUUGUAAAAAAUCGCGAAAAUAAAGGCCCGCGAACAUAAAGGCUACGCGAAAUGUUAAAACCCAUGUAGAAAAUUCAAAACACGCAAAAAAAGAUAUUAACAAUUUAGCAACAACAUAUACAUUAUGUUCAACAAACACACAAAUUGUUGAUUGGUUUUACUGGUAAUUAAAAGUUCCAUUUUGUAUCUUCUGUUGUGAAAUAGCGUUAAUUGCAAAGAUUUCACACAUUGCUUGUUCCAGUUUAUCUAGAAAUUUUAUGAAGUUCAGACUUUUUGAAAACUAAAAUCAGUUUGAGAAUGCUUUUAAAAAUGGCCUUUUAAUGGCCAUUUUUUCAUAUUUGCCAGUUGAUAUCGCGAAAAUAAAACCCCGCGAAAAACUAUCUUGCCAAAUUCGUGGAAUUAAGUAUGCUUUUUCUUUUUUUUUCUGCCUCCUUUCUUCAUUAAUUUUUGCGGCGCAGGUAUUUCGAGUACUCGUGAAUUUUAUGUUUUCGUUUUUCUAUCCAGGUUGUUCCGGUUAUUACUUUGAAAAAUACCAAGAUUUACCAACCAGAGGAGCUCACGCCGUGGAACAUCUCACGAUCAAUGGAAAUCUAUUUCUCGCCUUUGCAAACUACCAAAGCGACACCUCCGAAAAAUACAACACAGACUCAUUCAUCUACAAGUUCAACGACUCAACUGGAAAGUUCUUCCUUUACCAGACGAUAGGUACAAGUGGAGUGCUUGACGUAGAAUAUUUUACAAUUUCUGAUGAACAUUAUCUUGCUGUUGCUAAUAGUUAUAAUGGAAUUACGCAAAGCCUGAACUCAGUUAUUUAUCGUUGGAAUGGAACAUUGUUUGUUUUCUUUCAAAACGUUGCAACCCUAGGAGGAGACGGCUUUAAUUUAUUUACGAUAGACAAAGAACACUUUCUUACCGCAUCCAAUCUUUGGAACGGUGUUACAAAUAGUAUAAACUCAGUCAUCUACAAAUGGAAAAACCGAAGGUUUGAAAAGUUUCAGGAGAUAGCAACAAACGGAUGUCGUAAAAGUGUUGCGUUUGAAAUUAAUAAUGAAAGCUACGUUGCUUUUGCUAACUCUGUCGGAAAUUCAGUUGUUUAUAAGUGGUCAGGGAAAGGCUUCCUCAAACUGCAGACUCUCCAAAAAGCAAUGGAUGCAAAUUUCUUUUAUAUCAAUGAUCACGCUUUCCUGGCCAUUGUCUCUCCACCAACAAUUGGUCAAUGGUUUAUUUACGAGUGGAAUGGAAGUAAGUUUGUGUUAUUUCAGUCUAUUACUACGCCUGGAACCUGGGGUUCGCAUUCAUUUGUCCGAUGUGGUCAAACGUUUCUGGGGGUAACUGAUCGGUCCAGCACAAAUUCUCCACUGUAUCGAUUCUCGUAUGGCCAGUUCAUUAAAUAUCAAGAGAUUUCAAGCUCUGGCGCCAUUGAUAUGACGACAUUUGAAUACAAGGGUCAUGCUUACCUGGCUGUUGCUAAUUCAGGAAAUAAUAACAAAAAUAACAUUAACAGCACUCUGUACAGGUGGACCUAA